UUCCGGUGUGAGCGUAUGAAUCUCUGGCUAUAUAAGAGGGCCCGCCGGGAGCCGGAUCCUCUUUCGGGUCCUCCCUUUCAGGAUGGUGAGUGUUGGCGCGUGGUGAUCACGGGGAUUCGGACCAAAAAAAGAAGGAACAACGGUCGUGCUAAAAAGGGCCGCGGCCAUGUGCAGCCUAUUCGUUGCACGAACUGCGCGCGGUGCGUGCCCAAGGAUAAGGCCAUUAAGAAGUUCGUCAUUCGAAACAUAGUAGAGGCCGCCGCCGUCAGGGACAUUUCCGAAGCAAGUGUCUUCGACUCUUAUGUGCUUCCCAAGCUCUAUGUGAAGCUGCAUUACUGUGUGAGCUGUGCCAUCCACAGCAAGGUGGUUAGGAAUCGAUCUCGUGAAGCCCGGAAGGACCGAACACCUCCGCCCCGGUUUAGACCUGCUGGCGCUGCCCCACGACCCCCACCAAAGCCCAUGUAAGGACCUGGGUUUUAAUGGACUGAAGAAAAGUCUUCUCCGGGCAGAGGGAAUAAACUAAUAAAAUGGAUGUUAUACUUUA